CGGAGACUCCCGGCUCCUUCCCCCUCCCUCCGGCUUGUGACAACGAAGCGCCGCGGUCUGAGGCGGCGGCGACGGUGCGGCCGGCCAAACGAGAUAGGGAGCCGGCCCUGCGGGCGCCCCGCCCCCGGGCCCUGGCCUCCAGCCCUCUCCCCCUCGGCGCUUCCGUUACGGCCGUUACUCCCUCGCCGGCCCCCGGGCGGGCCGUGUUGCCGCGCCGGCAGCUGCCCUGACGGACUUCAACGCGGCCUGGAAGACAGCCUCCGCCCGCGUCCGGGGCCCCGCACCUGGCGGGCUCUGCGUGGUCGCCCCCGGGCGGCGGAGCGCGCUUUCUAAAGGCCGGCGUCGGGGGAGUCGCUCCCAGCCUGCGUCCGCGCCGCAAGUUCUCCAGGGGCGAAGUGCUGCCCGCCCCGAGGUUCCGAGUUGCCUGGCCGGCGUGGAGCCGCCGUCUCUUCGCUUCCUCUUGGGUCGGCGCAGCGGCACGGCCGGCGAAGCUCCCCCCGGGCGCGCGGGGACCUGACCAUGGGCCGCGGCGCAGGGCGGCCGCCCGCCGGGAGGCAUGGCUAGGGGGCCGGCCGCUAGCGGCGCCGCAGACCGGGCUCCCGGGCCGGCAUGAGGACGGCCGCGGGGGGACGAGUGCGGCCCGUGGGGGUGUAGCCUACGUUGCGCCGGUGACAAAGAAGCCAUGCAGUGACACCUGUUAAGACUUGUUGGUAGCCAUGUCGGAGCCCCACAGGGUCCAGUUCACCUCUCUCCCAGGUUCUUUGAAUCCUGCAUUUUUGAAGAAAUCCCGGAAAGAGGAGGUUGGGGGAGCAGAACAGCAUCAGGACUCUGAGCCCGCUGCAGCAGCUGUUCGGAUCACACUUACCCUCUUUGAGCCAGAUCACAAGCGCUGCCCAGAGUUCUUCUACCCAGAGCUGGUGAAGAACUUACGAGGGAAGGUGAAAGGACCUCAGCCUGCAGACAAGAAGAAAGAUCUCUCGGAUCCUUUCAAUGAUGAAGAAAAGGAAAGGCAUAAAGUGGAGGCCCUUGCCCGGAAAUUUGAAGAAAAAUAUGGUGGAAAGAAACGUAGAAAAGACCGAAUACAGGACUUGAUUGAUAUGGGUUAUGGUUAUGAUGAAUCUGAUUCCUUCAUCGAUAACUCUGAGGCGUAUGAUGAGCUUGUUCCUGCUUCUUUGACUACAAAGUAUGGAGGAUUUUACAUUAACUCGGGAACGCUGCAGUUUAGACAAGCAUCAGAAUCUGAGGAUGACUUCAUUAAAGAAAAGAAGAAAAAAUCUCCAAAGAAGCGGAAGUUGAAGGAAGGUGGUGAGAAGAUAAAGAAGAAGAAAAAAGAUGACACUUAUGACAAGGAGAAGAAAUCGAAAAAGUCCAAGUUUUCCAAAGCCGGCUUCACAGCCCUCAAUGCCAGUAAGGAGAAGAAGAAAAAGAAGUAUUCUGGGGCUUUGAGCGUUAAAGAGAUGCUGAAGAAAUUUCAGAAGGAGAAAGAGGCUCAGAGAAAGAGGGACGAAGAGCAUAAGCCCGUAGCAGUCUCAUCGGUGGAAGCUCAGGGCCUGCGGGAAUUGGAGGGCGCCUCUGACCCUUUGCUCUCGCUCUUCGGCUCCACUUCUGACAACGACUUGCUGCAGGCAGCCACAGCCAUGGACUCGCUGACUGAUUUGGACUUGGAGCAGCUGCUCAGUGAGUCUCCAGAAGGAAGCCCCUUCCGCGAUAUGGAUGAUGAAAGCGAUUCCCUUGGGGUGGGACUGGACCAGGAAUUCAGGCAGCCCUCUUCCCUUCCCGAAGGCCUGCCUGCGCCCCUGGAGAAGCGCGUUAAGGAGCUGGCUCAGGCUGCCAGAGCUGCUGAGGGAGAGAGCAGACAGAAGUUCUUCACCCAGGAUAUUAAUGGCAUCCUUUUAGACAUAGAGGCGCAGACCCGGGAGCUGAGCAGCCAGACCCGUUCUGGGGUAUAUGCCUACCUUGCUUCCUUCCUGCCCUGCAGCAAAGACACCUUGGUCAAGCGCGCACGAAAACUUCACCUCUGUGAACAGGGGGGGCGUCUGAAGGAGCCUAUCCAGAAGCUUAAGGAAGCCAUUGGCAGGGCAAUGGCAGAACAGAUGGCCAAGUACCAGGAUGAAUGCCAGGCACACACGCAAGCCAAGGUCGCUAAGAUGCUGGAAGAGGAGAAAGACAAGGAGCAGAGAGAACGGGUUUGUUCUGAUGAGGAAGAAGAUGAAGAAAAGGGGGGCAGGAGGAUAAUGGGACCCCGGAAGAAAUUCCAGUGGAAUGAUGAAAUCAGGGAACUACUCUGUCAGGUGGUGAAGAUCAAACUGGAGAGCUAUGACCUGGAGAGGAACAAGGCCCAAUCCUGGGAGGACUACGUGAAGGCGUUUCUGGAUGCUGAGGUCAAACCUCUCUGGCCCAAAGGCUGGAUGCAGGCCAGGACUCUGUUUAAGGAGAGCAGACGAGGCCACGGGCACCUGACGUCAAUCCUGGCCAAGAAGAAAGUAAUGGCCUCUUCCAAAAUGAAGAUGAAGGAAUCAUCGACUAAGCCUGAUAAAAAGGUUUCCGUCCCAUCAGGCCAGAUUGGCAGCCCCCUUGCUUUGCCUUCAGAACACCUGGGAGGAGGCCUGAGCAUUGGGGCUGCAAACAGGGAGCUCUCAUCCCAGGCAUCUGGCAGCCUUGCUAAUCCUGCUCCUAUCAACGUGGAGGACUCGUUGGAUGGAGACUUGAUCCGUAAUUCGGCCUCCUCAUUGGAGGCUGUGUCCAAGGAACUGGCUGCACUGAAUAGCAGAGCCAGCGGGAGCUCUGAGUUCACACUGCCUGCACCCUCAAAAGUGCCUGCAGAGAAAGUCGCAGGUGUUUUAUGUACAGAAGAAAAAAGGAACUUUCCGAAGCCCAACCCUUCUUCUGCCCCACCACCCUCUAGCUCUCUGCAGUCACCCCUCAAUUUUCUGGCUGAACAGGCUCUGGCACUGGGGCAGUCCUCUCAGGAGAAAAAACCGGAGAGUUCUGGCUACAAAGAACUGUCCUGUCAGGCUACCCUCAGCAAGGGCCUGCCAGAAGUGCAGCAGUCCAAAGCAAAGCACCAUAGUUUGCCACGGACGUCUCACGCACCCCAGGCAGGGGCUCCUGUGCCCAGCCCCCAGGUCAAAGUCUUUCAUGCAGGCACUCAACAGCAGAAGAGCUUCACCCCCCCAGCUCCGUUUGUCAGUAAGCUUCAGGGCCCAAAGCCUGCCUCCCCUCAGUGUCACCGUUCCCUCCUCCAGCUCGUCAAGACAGCUACCAAAAGCCAGAGCUUCCAUCCUUCCACGCCAGUGUCUUCAGGAGGCACACCAGCCUCCAGCAGCAGCUCUCAUAAGACCCCAGCCUCGUCCUCCACUGCCCUGAGCCAUCCAGCAAAACAGCACUCAGCCAGCUCUUCAGGGCCGUCUUACAAGAACAGUCCCUUUGCCGGCUCUAUCUCCAAGCACGGGGUUUCUUCUGGCAGCUCUUCCUCUGGAGGAGCACCAGUCCAGAGCUCUGCUUCUGGGAACUUGCUCCCUGCUGUGCAGCCUCCUUCCACAGGACAGUCCGCCAGCCGACCCAUCCCAGGCUCUGCAGUGAAAAAACCACCUAUUUCCCAGAAGUUGACCCUGGUGGCCCCUCCAGGUGGUCCAAAUGGAGAUUCUAGUGGGGGGACCCAGGGAGUGGCCAAGUUACUCACCUCCUCCCUGAAGCCCAGUGCGGUGAGCAGCGUGACAUCGUCUACCUCCUUGCCAAAAGGAACGAGUGGGGCUGUGCUGCUGACCAGCUCCUCACCCUUAAAUCUACUGUCUUCAUCCUACAAGGCAGGCAGCCCAAAGCUGCCUGGGGCCUUGAACUCGAACCCCUUGGGAAUUAUCUCCCAGCUCCCCCUCCACGUAAUCUCCUUUAGCGCUGACUCCUCCGCUAAAGCAGGGGUCUCCAAGGAUGCCAUCGUCACAGGCCCUGCCCCUGGGACGUUCCACCACGGCCUCGGCCACAGUCUCCUGGCUGGCUUGCACUCCAGCCCGCCCCGCGGAGCACCUCUCCCACACGCUGCCGUGUCUACCCACAUCCCACAGAGUCUGCCAGAUGCUUCUCAGCUUCAUGGGAAAGGGCCCAGUGUGCCACGGAAAUUGUGACUUUCAAGGGAAAGGCUGGAAGCUGAACGAGUAGGUCUCGGAAGUCGGAUAAUAACUAUGCUCUUUCUGCCAUUGAUUUUCUUCUGGAGAAGGCGUGAGUGCUAAGUGGAGCGUCUCUUGGCAUGUGUGAUGUGCCUUCAGUUAGGCGAGCAGCCCCGUGCUUCUCUGGAGGCCCUGACCAGCCUGGUGCUCCAGGCCUCUCGCUCUGUUGCAGACAAUCGUCGGAGGGGCAGCGCUAGGCUGGGGAGCGCGCCGGGUCGUGUUCAGAGCUCUGGUGGCGGGGCAGAGCAGGUGGCGCGGCGCACCUGUGCUUCACAUCUGCCCGACCCCCUCACAUUUGGUCAGAGUACCUCAUGGCACCCUACUGGUCGGGGCUCCUUCUGGCCACAGUGGGCUCCCUGGAUGGUCACGGUGUCCGUCCAUCCUCAGGCUGUGUGCUCAACAGGACAAACCCAGGUAACAUCACAGCUGGGAGAUGUACCUUGUUCUUUGAAAAAUACACCCAAUGUGUGCUCAUCGUGGGGGCCCGUCUCUCCACUGAACAUGACAAUGAAGCUCUUUUAGAGAAAAGACCUUUGUAGAUUCAACAAUUGUGGUAGGAUUUUUAAAGACACUUAUUUUUGGCUCAGUUUUCAUCCUUACCAUUAAAUGCAUUGGAUAGAAUGGGACUAUUCUUCGCAAGUCAUGUUGUUCCUAGGAAAACAUAAUUCCAGUGCCUUUAUGGUGGAGCAGAAUUAGACACACAUCCAUUCAGCCCUCUGAGUGGAUCUCAGAUGAAGACCUUUUUUAAAGAUAUGUCUGUAUUUAAGACAUAGUUUGAGUUUUUUAUGGUUGCACAUCAUAAUCUGUGCCGUCCUGACUUGAAGGUCAUCUGGGCCCACAAAUCCCAGGUCCCAGUUCAGCCAGGGCCCCCACUUUGUUUUUCCAGAGUUCAUACAGGUGGACUGCAGAGCCCCAGAGCCCUUCUUCAUCUCUUCGAGGGCCAAGGAUAUGAGGGGUUCUAAGUCGCAGGUAGACAUUCCAGUUUAUUUAAAAACUAUUCUCAGGCAGAGCUGCAGGAACAGGCCUCUGUGAAGCAUCUGCCAUGUAGAAGCAGGCCUGGAGGUCCUGGCUUUCCAGGCAGCAGGGCUAUGCAUUGACUUCAGGGUGACAUGCUGACGAGCUUGGAGAGCACGUCAGAGACAGAUUGGGACAGUUACCCGGAGCUCAAGUCAUCCCACUGUUCCCACUCACCCAGUGGCUGCUUCACAAAGAUUUUUACGGCACUUGCCUGUCCUGUGAAGUCUGAACUGACUGCUCUAGCUAAGUGAUUUCUGAUACGUUGAGAGUAAACAGCCUCCUCAGAAUGUACGCCUGUGUGGAGACACGGGCAGCUCUCUUGGUUCCUGACUCCCAGGUUACAAUGCUUGGUAACUCACGAUUCACACAGAGUUUGCUUGGUUUCCAGGGGGAGCAAGACCUCUGCCAGCUAGUCGGCCAGGCCUGUGCUCUUUUUUACAUAAAAACCAACAUGUGUUUCACAUUGGGCUAAGUGGAUUCCUUAUCCCUUUAUUAUAUCUAUUUUUUGCAACUUGGGUUUCCAGUUUACAGAAUAGUCUUAGGUAGUAGCAAAAGAGCCAAAGAAGAGAUUUGUAUUGCUGAGCUCAGAGCCGCGCAGAGGCCGUCCGUGAACGCUGAGCAGCAGGAGAACACCCUGGUUCCCUUCCCUGCAGUGCUCCCUCCUCCCCGAGCACCACUGAGUGUGCGGCUGGAGCAGGAUACCCUCAUUCUUAGGAAUCUAGUGAUGCCUCUUGCCUCAGGGAAACGUUUCUUUGAUGGGGAGUUUAUGAGGUUUCUUUUCCUUGUUGAUGCUUUAUUUGUGGUAACGAAAGAGUGAAUGACUUAAAGAGCCACGGCAAGGCAGGUCUGUUGGCGGAGCGGGCUCGUGGGCCACGGCGCUGCAGGGCUUUUCUUGCCGGCGUUUCUUGGGUGUGAAAGGGCUGUGGCUUUCAUGCAGCGACUAUGUUGGUGUUGGGGGUGGUGUGGAAAUUGUUAAUCUUGUAUAAAACCACCCAAUAAAUUGUUUCAAGGUUUCCAAAACAUCAUUUCUCAUUUAUUUCCUUUUACCAUAUUUGCAAGUAAUUCUUUCUCCCAUAGGAGCUGGUAUGUAGGGAACAUUCAUUUUGGCUAAAAGCCAAGAGGGUGUUGGAGACUAAGCCUCACAUGCAAAAGAGGAAGAAACACACCAUGAUAUUAGAAUCAAGCCACCAGUUGUUUAUUUUUGCACUAUAAAUAGAGUUCCCUAUUACUUCCCAUUUUCUUACAUAAUACGUGAGAUACAGAGGACCCGAAAUUUGUUUGGUAGAAAAUCAACUGUGGAGUUUACUAAUGGCAGUGAGAUAAUAAGCAGGACUAGGCACCGAAUCUAAGGCUAACAGCAACACAGUUCACUAGGAAAGUACUUUAAUUUCAAAAUGUGAAACAUUCCCCGAUGGUGCGUUUUCUUGGGACAGUAUGGCUUGACAGUUAAGCUUCAUUCGAGCACCAGGGUCAGAUGCUGUUCUGGUUUCUUUGCGCCUUUUCUGGCAUAGAGCCCAGAUCCGUCUCCCCAGAAGGCCUCUGAUGAAGAGUCGGCUGAGCCAGAAUCCCGAGGGGUGUGAAUGCAGGUUGCAGGCCUGGGGAGCUGUUGCUUUGCUGAAGCAGGGAGGCCUUUCUGCCCUAGAGUUUCCCGUGCUGGGGUGUGGAGGUCAGUGCUGCAUGGAGUGGGCUUGUCCACCCCAGUUGUUGGUCGUCGUGUGCUUUCGCAGUUUUCAGUUGCUUCCAGGUAUCACACCUGGAAGGAGUCUGUUUAUGGGACUGUGUGGGAAAAGGAGAAAGACGAAGGGCACUGCGGGUUUGAAUCAUCGGGAGAUGAAGCAGGUCACUCACCUGGUUGGAUGACGGUUCAGCAGGUGCCUGUCCCGCUUGUGGUUGAGCUGUGCUCUGAGCAGCUGGGGGGACACACGGGGUUCUGCAUGGAUUAGGAGCUACACGGGGCCAGGGAGAAAAGAUACCAAGGAGAGUACUGGGCAGGAGAGAGCCAGCAUCUGCUUCCAGGAAGGUGAAGGUGGGGCCGUGCCUACUUCUCCCCGGACACUAGGACGGCCAGCUCCUGGAUGGACAUAUCCUUGUUGAUGUAGCGGUCGUACUGGGCAGGGGUCAGUCUUCCGUUCUGUAGGGCCUCUUCGAUGGAGAACUUCUUGCCAGACUUCCUGUCAUGGAUCACAGAGGACUCCCCGUUGGGACCCUUGACGGAGAUUUCCUCCCAGUCGCACUCCUGGCUCCUGAGUUUCACAAACAUGUUCCAGUCGAUGAGGCCAGCCCGGUGGGCUUCCUCUGGGGACAGCUCGCGGCCCGAGUCGGGGUCGAUGACCACGAUGGAGCGCCGCAGGUGGUUCUCCCUUUGUUCCCGCUUGAUGGCCACAGAGCCCAGGCGUCGCUGCAGCUCGUCGAUCUCCAGGUCUUUGUCUCUAGAGAGCUGCCUGAGGUCAUCCAGCUCCUGCUCCAGGGACCGGAGGCGGCAGUCGAGCUGCGCCCCAGGGUCUGCCGCCACCGGCAUGCUCCUUAGGCCCUGCGUCUCCGCCACCGCCAUCUCGAUUUCGGACUGGAGCCUGCGGGCCUCGAGCUGCAGGCUCUGCCGCUCCAGCUGCAGUUUGUGGUUCUCUUCCCUCAAGAAAUCCAGCUCCUUGGAUGACUUGGAGUUACAGAACUCCAGCUCCGACAGCUUGGCCUCCAGCUGGCUCACCUCCGCGUCCAGCUCCCUCUUGCUCUGGCUCUCCGCCUCCAGGCUGCUCUUUAGCCUCUGAAUCUCCUGCUCGGUGUCACCUCUCUCCACCUGGAUGCUCUUGGAGAGGACCACCUUCUCCUUGACCUCCAUCUUCUCUAGGUGCUCCAGCUUUUUCUUCAGGGUCUUGAGCUCAUGCUCCAGGACCUGCCGCCGGUGCCGCUCUUCCUCCAGCUGCAGCGCGAGCAGGGUGUGCUCCCGGGCCUGCUGGGGGUCCUGCUGCAGCACCACCUUCUGCUUGAGGGUCACCUUUUCCCGGGCCUCCCCCUCCUCCAGCUGGGCCAGCCGCUGCUUCAGGUGCUGUACCUCCAGCUCGGCCUCCCUGCGUGUCUGCCGCUCGCGCUCCAGCUCCUCCAGCUGGCACUCCAGCUCCGCUCGCCUGCGCUGUAGCUGCUGCAGCUCCCCGCGGAGGCCAUCGAUCUGCUGCAGCUCCGCGUCGAUGCUCUCGGUGAAGGCGUUCACCUCGGCCUGCAGGCCCGGCUCCUCCUCGUACCUGACGACCUCCUGCUGGACCAUCUUCUCCUUCACCUGGGAAAGCUCCUCCUCCUUCUGUUUGAUUUUUUCCUCCUGGGACGCCCUCUCUAUUUCCAGAUCCACUUGCUUCUUCUGCUCCUGUGACAGCUGGGCCCUCAGAGACUCCACUUCCUCUUUGGUCUGGGGGUCUUCCUGGAACUGCAGGAGCUCCUGGACCACCUCCUUGGUCUGCACCUGGGGUUUGGCCUCUUUCAGGGACUGGAUCUCCUGCUUCAGCUGGUAGAUCUCCAGGUCACACCUUUCGAUGAGUCUGGUCUUGUCGAUGAUCUCCUCCCUGAGCCUCUGAAGCUCUUUCUCCAUCUCGGGGUCAGUCUUGUACUUGAUGAUCUCCUUCGUCACUUCCUUGACCUCCACCUGGGGGCCCCGCCUCCGGAGCACCUCCAGCUCGCUCUGGUAGCUCUUCAGCUGCUCCUCGGCCCCCCGGUACUUGCACUCCUGCUCGACCAGCUCCAGGCGGAGGUUGGCCACCUCACUCUCUGCCUUGGGGUCUGGCCGGACGAUCUCCCGCACUUUUUCCUGCACGACCACUUUGGCAUUUUCCUCCUCCAAGGCCCAGAUCUUUCGGAGCAGCCCCGUUUUCUCCCUCUUGUUGGCACGAGCCUUGGCGGCCUCGUCCUCAUACUGGCGUUUGAGGUCACCCACCUCCCUCUCGGUUGCCACAUCCUUUUCCACCUUGAGCACCUCCUUGAUGAUGAUCUUGCUCUCAGCCAUGGCCCGCUCCUUCUCCAGCCUCUUCAGCUUGUCCUGGAGGAAGCUCAGCUCCUCCUCCUGCUUCUCCCUGAGCUGAUGCUCCCGUUGCUGGUCCUCCUGCAGCUUCCGGAACUCUGCCUCCAGCUGGGGGUCAUUCUGCAGUUUCACCACAUCCUUCUCGGUGACCUUCUCCCGCACCUGGUUCUUCUCCUGGGCCAGGGCUGCGAUGCGCUGCUGCAGGAGGAGCACCUCUGCCUCCCGGGUGCCCUUCUGCCGCCGCAGCUCCUCCAGCUCCUCCCGCAGUCUCAGGACCUCGUUGGCCUGGGUUUGGUCCGGCUCGAUGCGCAGAACCUCCUUGACCAUGUACUCCUGCCCGCCAUCCCUGGCCUCCUGCUCCAGGGCGCACAGCCGCAGCUGCAGCGCCUCCAGCUCCUUCUGCAGCAGCUGGUUCUUGCACUGCUCCUCCACCAGGGUCUGCUGCGUCUGCCGGAAGCUCUCCUCCAGCGUGGGGUCUGGCACCUUCUUGAGCACCUUCCUCACCACUGCUUCCUGUGGGCUCUGGUUCUGCAGGGUCCGGAUCUCCUCCUGGGCGCUCCUGACCUCAUUCUCCAGCUGCUGCCUCCGCUCCGCCUCCUCGUCCAGCUCCCUCUGAAUCUUCCACGUCUCCUCUACUUCGGAGCCCGGCUUGCCCCUGGGCAGGGCCUCAUGGCUCAUGCCUGCCUCAGCCUGCUGGGAAGGAGAAGAUAGCGCAGGGUUAAUGCCGGACUUUGCAUGGCCCGACCCCACCUGGCCACCCACCAGAGGUCAGACUGCUUGUCCUGUGGUCCCUAGGGGACCCCCUCAGUGCCGGGUUCACUAGAGUCCUAGGCCUCCUUUUGAAAAUGGUAAAACAACUAGUUUAAAUGCAUCUGGGAAAAUAUUUUAAAACCACAGAAGAGUGUGAAGCAGAGGCUGUCUGUCACCGCUGGUCCUGUUCGUACAGGAUACUGUCACCUUUGAGACACGUAUAUUUUUGCAUGUGACACAUAUUUAUUUUUUCCACACUAACGGUGUUGCCUGUUCUGUUCCCUGCUUGUUGCACUUAUGAGAGAAUCUGCAGCGGCACAGAGAGUGCUACCUCGUCGUGUGACAGCUUCGUCAUUUUCCAUUGUGUGGACAGACCCUGGCUCAGUCGCACACCCAUUGCUGGAGAUUCAGAGCAAACUCCAGAUUCUGCAGCCUCUGUCUGUUGAUGGCAUUAACUUCCGUGAACUUGGCAGCAAGAGCCGUUUCCUACAGGAGAGCAGAUAGGAGUCAACAGGCUAAGCGAAGGGGACUGGAGCCUGGCCCUCUUGCUCAUGUGGCUGCUUCUUCCAUUCUCCAAGUCAAGGAGGGACCUGAGUUUCUCUGCUUCCAACUCGUAGUCCUGCGUGAGACAGACGUGGCAGAGGGCAGACAAGAGCAGGUGAGACCAAAAUGUUCUUGUGCCCCUUCCAGCUGACUGCAAAGGUCUUCUGCUCAGCCACACCCUGUUCUGCCUGCCAGGAGAUUUUGAUAACCAUAGAUCCAUCAGUGGUACGUACCUACGUCCCUGAAUAACAUGUGCGACGAGAAAAAGUAGGCCCACAAUCCCCCUCCGUCCCCAGAGCAUGCUCCUUCCAGGCCUUCCCUGGCCUAGAGACUACGGCAUUCUGCUUUCUUCAUUGAACUCUGUACCAUUAGAGUUAUGGCUUUUCUCAUGUUGCCUCCUCCUAAUUCUCCUGUGGAUCAGUUUGAUGACUUUAACAUCCAUUGUGUGGUCAGGUGAUAAUUUACUAGCUGUUCCUCUGCUGUUGGACAUUUAGGUUAUUUCUAGUUUGUCUGUUUUGCUAUUGUAAAUAAUUCUGUUGUACAAUGAUUUUGUUAAUCCCACAUUAUUAUUAUUUCAUAUUAUUUCCUUUAGGAUAAAUUCCCCCAGUUACUGCUUUACAGUAGAAAAUCCUUUUCUGGUAUUCGAUGCCCAGUACCAUCUUGUUUCCCAAAGGCCUGUGCCGGUUUGCGUGGCCGCCAGCAGUGCCUGAGGACACCCCGCCAGACCAGCUGGUGGGAAGAGGCCCUGCUGCUUUACACUCUGGGCAGGGUGUCACGUCUCACCUUGACAGCUUGCUGGUACUGCUGGGAGUGGGCGUAGACUUUCUGUACUUCCUCUUCCCUUCUUGCUAUCUCAUCUAGCAGGUUCUGUAAAACAACAGAGACUUUGAAAACCAAAAAUUAAAAAAAAAAUCCAAAACCUAGAUAGAGUAGCUGGAUUCCUUGGAGUCUGGAAUUCUUCCAUAGCACAAAGUAUAAGGAAUGGCUUCCCUGUUUACAUUUGUUUGUUACAAAAGGCAAUUCUAAGGCCCUGUGAAGAAGGGCCAAGAAGAUAAUCAUCUUUGGCAGGAAAGUUGUGUUUACUGAGUGCAUCGAAAUGUCAGGCACUGUUCUAGUAUCUUUCUUAGAUUAUCUCACUGAAUCUCCCAACAUCCUGUGAGGUAGGCACCGUCCUCACCUCCUGUUUAUGAACGGGGAAACCCAGGCACAGUGCUGUGCAGUGACUGGCCCGUGGGCACAUGGCUAAUGGGGAUGGGAGCAGGAUUUGAGACCAGGCUGUUGGGCUUCCUGUUCCUCGUCCUUCACCCCAAGGCCCUGCUGCCUUCUGGGGAGCCAGCACUCUGGGCUUUGGAAAUGGGUUUUUCCCCGAGGGCUCCCCUGUGUCCCUGUAGCUAUUUGCUUAUUUAGCUGGCUUGCAUGGAGUGUCCACUCUGGGCCAGGCCCUGUGCUGGGCACUGAGGACGGAGAGGUGAGGGAGACCCCGUCCUUGUUGUCAGAGACUCGGGUGCUGGGAGCCCGCCUGGCCAGGACCGCUGCCAGGCCCCCGUCCAUGAAGGGGCUUGCUAACCUCAGACCCGCCUUGUGACCAUCCUCCUGUGAACGCGGAAGUGGCCUUCUCACCUUCUGGUUGUUCAGUUUGGUCUCCAUGUGGCCGAGGCCGUCUGUCUCCUGGGGCUCGUAGCUGGGGAUGUGGGACAGGAACUGCAGCAGGCGGUCGCGGCCACUAUAGAAGGCGUCGUGAGCAGCCCGGGUGCUCUGCAGGCUCUGGACCCUGUGGGGCAAAGCCCGUCAGGCCUUUGAGCUCUCAGGUCUCACUGAGAGCUGCCUGCCGUCCCUUUUUAAAGAGGUCAUCAAAAGUAAUUUAACUGGAAAUAACCUAAACGUUCACCAGGAAGGGAGUAGUUAGAUAAAUUAUGGAAUAUUGUGUUGGAAUACUGUGAGGCCUCUGUAAAGCGCAGGAAGGCCCGCCUGUGUGGACUCACAGGGAUGCCCACUGUGAAUUCUAGGACCUAAAUAACUCAUGGAUCCAAGGGGAAAUCACAAGGGAGGUGAGGAAAUCUUUUGAACUCACUGAAAAUAAAAACAUCAAAAUUUGUGGGACACAACAAAAGCAGUGCUUAGUGGGAAAUAUGUAGUUUUAAAUGCUUAGAUAAGAAAAAAAAGAAAGCUUUCAAAUCAACAAUCUAAGCUUCUACCUUAAGAAAGAAAAAGAAGAGCAAAUUGGACUUAAUGUAAGCAGCAGUAGGAAAUAAUAAUGAGCAGGUGUCAGUGAAACAGGAAACAGGAAAACAGGAGAAAGAUCACUGCAACCAAAGCUGGUUCAUUGAAACCAUCAAUAACGUGAUAAACCUCAAACAUAAUGAUUAGGGGGACAAGAAGAAUAAACAGAUACAACAGAAGAAAAUACAACAUCAAGAAUGAGAGAGAGGACAUUCCCUCAGAUCCUGCAGAUAGUCAAGGAUAAGAGAAUAUUAUGAACAAUUUUAUGCCAAUAAACUCAACAACUUGAUGAGAUGGACAAUGUGUCCUUGAAAGACACAAACUUCUGAAGUUGCUCAAGCAUUAGAUGACCCAAAUGGUCCAAUAUCUAUUAAAGAGGUUGAAUUUGUAGUUAAAAAACCCUCUUACACACAAAAAAACAAACUGCAGGCCCAGAUGGCUUCAGUGGUGAAUUCUUCCAAGCAUUUAAGGAAUUAAUACCCAGUCUACACAAACUCUUCCAGAAAACAGAAGAGGGGGUAACACUUACUGACUCAUCAGGCUGGGAAAAUAUACGACAGGGAAAAUAGCAAGACACACUGUAUGUGGUGUGUUGUCAUUCGUACAUUAAUUACCUACCCCAGCUCAUACAGAAUGUUUUUGGAAGGACACACAAGAAACUGGUAGCAGUGCUGAUCUUGGGGGAAGGGUUUGGUCAUUAUAAUCCCUUUGUGUAUUUUAUCUUGUAUAUAUACUGUUUUCAGAAAGAGGAAAUUAUUUAGAAAUCAAACAGCCUUCACUGCUGUCUGCAGAAAUCCCACUUUGGUGCCUUAAGGCAGACUAAGCCAAGGGCCCCCGCGGUCCCCUCACCUGAGCUCCACCUGCUGGCAGAGGUUGUCAAAGCGCUGGCGCAGCUUGUGCACCUCAGCCUCCUGGCGCUCCAGGUCCGGGCAGUGCUCCUGGAAGCGGCUGGCCAGCGAGCCAGAGCACUGCUUGGCGGCCUGCAGAUUCUGCUCCACCUCGCUGAGGAGGGCCUGCCGGGCCUGCAGCUCGGAGGCCAUGGCCUGCCGGGGCAGAGGCAGAUGGCAGGUGCUGUGGCCAGAGCUCUAGGGCCCGGGAUGGUGCUACCCAGAGCUCUUGGGGCUGCCUGCUUUUAGCGGGUGGCAGGCCUGGACCUGGGCGGGGACCGGUGGUUUGCCUCUUGAGUUUCUCCUCAAACCCGUGGUCAUUUCUGCAGUUUCCAUUUUGUUACAAUGACCAAUACUCUGGGAAAACUAGCUUCUAAAACCCUGCGGCACAUGGCACGUGCCUGUGACCCCGUGCCCGGGACUGGAGUGGCCUUCGUGAAGGCUCUGGUCUCUGAGCCUGUUUCCUGGGCUCUGAGGUGAGGCCCUCACCACAAGGGCAAGGGUUUUGUGAGGUGGUUUGUGAAUAAGGGGCCUCCCACGGGCUCACAGACCCCAAUGCUUAGAGCGGGCCCAGCGGCAAUGGUGAAGAGGGCAGAUGCUGGGCUGGGGCAGAGGCUCCUGUGCUCAGCUGAUGCGCCGUGCAGGCAUGUGGGUCCAGGUGACCAGAUCUGCUUGUCCAGAGACACUGGGAAUCUGGGGGGAUUAUGUGGACAUUCGAUUUUAAGAUACCAGCACCUGAUUUCCACAGGCCACAGAAACCCCGUGUGCAGCUGGGACUCCAAACCUGGAGAGAGUUGCUGCCCUGGGCCUCGGGCCCCUCGACUGUCCACAGGUGGGGUGGCAGGGGCGCCUGGAGCCCAUGCCCAACUCAGAGAAAGGCUCCUGAAGCCCAGGGUCCCCAGACUCACCGCCAGCUCCUGUCUCUUGCUGUCCAGGGCAUGGCCACUCUUGGGCACUGUGUCUUCCUGGGCCAGCUGGUUUUCGUAUGAGGCCAGCACCUCCCGGCCCUGCUGCAGGCUCUUCUCCAGGCGAUUGGCGAUGUCAACCCUGAGGACAUGAGUCAGGAGUUGGGGGGCGGUGCUGGACCUUGACCCCGCCCGGCCUCCCCACUGCCCACCUGCACCCACUUCUCCUGGGCCGCGUCCAGCAGCUGCACCAGGCGCUCGUAUCUGCGCUGGGUGUCCUCCACCCGCGUCCUCAGCAGGGCCGCACUGCCACUGUCCGGGAGGGCCUGCAUGAAUGCCUCGCCCUCAGCCGUGCUGCUCGCCUUCUCGGGCUCGAUGCGCAGCAGCUCGUUGGUGAUGUUCUGUGGGGACCAGAGCCCCUCACGUUGACCACAGCCGGCAGCCACCCCCACACAGGGAUGUCCUCCCCGGGGGGCGUGACUGGGGAUCUGGGAUGCUGGCCUAGGAGUCCGUGUUUGUAAUGAGCAUCCCUGGGAAUUCUGACACAGUGGAUGGUGACUCACGAGUGAUGAAUAUUAAUAGGUUCCUGUUCCCACUACUUCACACGGCUUUACUCAUCUUUGGGGACAACUCCAAUGAGGUGGGUACGACUCCAAGCAGCUUAGGAGGGGACAUGGUGGGGCCUAGCCCCAAACCUACCCCUGUAUCAGGCGUCCUCUGGCCUUGGCUCGGCCCCAACCAGACCAGCCCUGGUGUGAGCCCCGUCACGGGCCACGGCACUUCUCUGAGCCCCGUUCCUCUCCUGUAAACCGGGAACGGUGACGCCCAUCGUGGAGGGCGCCGAGGACCCGGGAAACUGUGUGUGUGUGUAAAAGAGGUGAGGAGUAGAUGGUGUUCAUGCGGCUCAUCUUACCCCAUCCUGUCGAGGCCCCCUGAGUGGGGAUCAGCCCAUUUUACUGAAGACACUGAGGUUUGGGCUUGAAUGGUGUCUGUGGUCAAGGCGAGUGAGCUGGCCCUGUUGCCCCAGAGCCCGUGUGCUGCCGGGCACCGCGGCCUCUCACUCAGCUCAGUGCUGAUCUGCUCAGAUUGCAGUCCUGCUGUUGUCAGCUCUGCCACGAGCCCUUUUUCCUAGGGGUGUGUCUUGGGGGCACCAGGCCUCAGGCACCUCCUCAAUCUUUGGCCUAGAGCAGCCCCCCUCCCCACGACUCACGACUUCCUGUUACACGUGGCAAGUGGUCCCUUUUGAGCGCCAAGACACCCCAUGGGGAUAAGACCUUGAGCAGGGGCCCCGGGGAGCCAGUGGGCCAGCCUCUGCCCCCAACCUGGGGUACCUUGAGGUCCUUGGCCCGCUCAGCACUGUCCUGCACGGCCCGGCCCUGCUCCAGCGGCGGCCGCAGUAUCCCUGUGAUGGCCUUCUCCUGCCGGUCCAGGUCGCUGGCCACCUUGUCCAAGCCGGCCAGCAGCUGCCGGCCCUGCAGGUCAGAGACAUCUGCCGGAGGGAAAUCAGAGUCGGGUGGCAGUGGGGAUCGUGAGGCCCAGGGAGGGGGCGUAGGAGGGCCAGCCUCCCCACCUCCACUGUCCCAUCUGCAGCACAGACCCCGGGCCCAGCCCUGCCUCCCUGUCCCCCCAGAGCCUCAGGCAGCGUCUGGUACCCACCUCCAGAGUUCUCUGCCUUCAGCACCUCAUGCCGCUGCUGGAGCGCCCUUCUGCUCCCAGCUGCCUUCUGCCGCAGGCUCUGGUACUGGCUGCCCAGGCUGUGACAGCAAAAAUGGGCUGGGGACCUGGGGCAGCCCACUGCCCCUACUGCCCACUGACACAGGACCCUGGACUCUGGCUGGACAGACAGCCUCGAGGAGUCGGAAAGCUCAUCAAAAUGCUUUGAAAAGUUAACACGACACACGUAGAAAGGAUUUGCUGAAACGCUGGUCUUUCUUUGCUCUUGGGUUCAACGGACCCCUUCUUUCCCUCCUUCCUUUCUUUGUCUCUCUUUUCUUCAAUAGCAAGUCUUACUAUCUAAAAUUAUCUUGGGCUUCCCUGGUGGCACAGUGGUUAAGAAUCUGCCUGCCAAUGCAGGGGACACGGGUUCGAUCCUUUGCCCGGGAAGAUCCCACAUGCUGCGGAGCAACUAAGCCCGUGCGCCACAACUACUGAGCCUGCACUCUAGAGCCCACGAGCCACAACUAUUGAGCCCAUGUGCCACAACUCCUGAAGCCCGCGGGUCUAGAGCCCGUGCUCUGCAACAAGAGAAGCCACGACGACAAGAAGCCCACGCACCACAACAAAGAGUAGCCCCCACUUGCCGCAACUAGAGAAAGCCUGCGCACAGCAACAAAGACCUAAUACAGCCAAAAAUAAAAGCAAAUAAAUAAAUUUAUAAAAUAA